AUGUUGUGGAACCUUGCAGCUUUUGUGUCCGCCGCCCUGCUUGUCUCUCAGGCACGGGCUGGGCAACCCGAACACGACCCGGAAACGACGUGCGAGUCGGACACUGCCACCCACUGCAGUUAUGUGACGACGACAUACAAGACCAAGACUGACUACCGCACCACGACCCACCUCGUCGAGGUCACGGUGCCGUACGCGGUCAACUCGACAGUCACGAGCAUCAAGACAAAGGUCGUCGAGUCGUACAUCACAGAGUGCAUCACGACGACUCUGUACUUUACCGACCUCGUCACCAACACCAAGACCGGCACUGCAUACGAGACCAACACCCUGACGGGCAGUGUGACCGUAACAGACACGGACUCUGUGACCAUCACGGGCACCGCAUACGCGACAGUCACGGAGACGGACACGACGACCGCGACGGUGCCGACGACGACUUAUACGACCGAGACCAUAUUCUCGACGACUUUCAACCCAUGCCCGACGCAAUGCAGCGUAUCUGCCGAGACGGUCAACCUGUACUUCUGGCCGAGUGACCGGCCACACUCGUACCCCAGCACCUGGGUCGACGAGUCGCUCGACUACACCUUCACCUACCCAUCCGUGUACAUGCUCGUGCCCACGGCGGCGGGCAUCAACAACGCCUCGCAGCUGCUGGGCCCGCAGACCACCAACUGGAUCAUCCCGCUCGACCUGACCGAGGUGUCGACGAUUGUGGGCUCCACGGCGACGGUGCAGCUCGAGCUGAGCGACCUCAGCACCGACUGCCCCAAGUCGGUCGCGCCGUCGGCCAUUGCCACCAUGGCGCCCGACCCGCACUGCAACCCCAUCCUCGCCGCGCCCAGCGAGGUCAGCUCCUGGGCGUACCCGUGCAACGCGUGCGGGCAGUUCGGCCUGUUCGACCCGCCCUACGCGGCGCCCACGCUUACGGGCCCGCUGGUCGAGCCGACGACGCCUAUUACGACGUCCGAGGUUGUGAUCGUCCCGACCGAGACGGCGGUCGGCCCGACAGAGACGACUGAGCUGUCCUCGUCCACGCUGGAUGUCCCGCCCGUGCCGCUGCCGACGGUCACAGAGGCGUCGACGAUCCCUCUGCCCUCGUUCACGGAUAUCCCCCCUGUCCCAAUGCCUACGGUCUCGAGCAGCAUCCCUCCGGCUCCGAUGCCGACUGUCUCGAGCAUUCCCCCCAUCUCGCUGCCCUCGGUGACCGAGUCUACCACGCAGCCUAUUCCUACGGCUGGCGCGGCUAAUGUUGGGUACUGGCUCUCCAGACAUCCGGCAGUCUUCAACCCUUCAAAACUGACCGCCCCCUUCAUCAAAACGAUGCCCCUCCUCAGCCUCCCCGCCGAGAUCCUGCGGCACAUCAUCAACGACACACGGCCCGACGGCUUCGAGGCCGCGAUGCUGUCGUGCAAGCACCUGCACAGCGCGGGCCGGGACUACCUCGCCGAGCACAACACCUGGAAGGCGCGCUUCCACAUGCUCGACCUGCGCGCGCACGACCCCGAGGACCUCGCCGAGGACCUGGCCGACUGCAUCUACGGGGUCGCGCGGUACCCGCAGAUCGGCUGGUUUGUGCGGAGCCUGGUCACCCGCGAUCUGUCGGGGACUGGGCCCUCUCCGCGGCACGGGGGCGUGCGCCAUCGGGGCGGGGGCUUGGCGUGGCUGCAUGAGGAUGCGGUCCGGAACCCGUGUCCUGAGAGACCGGGUCGCAUGGUGAAGCGCUGCCUGGCGCGGAAUCCGUGGAUCAAGGCGGCUGGUGCGGAUGCGGGCAAGUGGGCGAAGACUAUUGCCCGUUUCUUCUCGCCCACCAUCAGCAGGAAGGGUGGAGAAGCUGCUCCUGGUGACGAGCAAGCGGGUGGUGAUCAUCAUCCGGACGUGGGAGGCUCUGAAGACGACGAUAACGACAACAAGGACGGGCAUUCAGAGCCAGACCCGGAAGCGGUCGAGGUGCUCGCCUUCGUCGUGCUCCUCACAUACCUCCCGCAACUCCGCCACGUCUCCAUCGGGCGAUCCCUCGAUCUGUCCGGGUCCAACGUCGAGACCGACAGCGACGUGAUCCCAUUACUCGAGCUCAUGUCCGCCCGCAUCGGCACCACCAGCCCGGACACGAUCCUCUCCCGCCCAGACAACAACAUGAACCCGGUCGACAAGAAGCGCCUCCGGCUCACCCGAGGCCUCACGACCUCGCCGCUCGAACACCUGCGCGAGUUCCACCACGUCACGCAGCCCGAGUACGACGGCCGGGUGAACACCCAGUCUCUCGACCCGUUCCUGACCUCGCCGCACAUCCGCGCCUUCCGCGCGACCAACCUCGUCGCCGCGGACGACGGGUACACGGGGAUCCCCUACCGCUGGCCGGGCAGCGUCGAGGCGGUGGACGAGUCCGCCUCGCUCCUGUCGGCCCGGCAGUGGAGCGGGAUCGAGACGCUCGAGCUGGUGUCGUGCUGCAUGGACGCAGAGGGGAUCGGGCGGCUCGUGGAGCGCAUGCCCGGCCUCAAGGUGCUGCGGUACCUGCACGAGGUCAAGUGGCAUGGGUGCCAGCUCGAGUGGGCGGCGGGCUUGUUCGUCGAGGCGGUCGAGAAUGCGCGUGCUCUUGUCAUCGACGAGCCGCUGUCUCGAGAACGACGACAGCUGCAGCAGGGGCUCCGGCGUGGUGCUGGUGGUGGUGCAGCUACGACGACGGGAGCGGGAAUGGGAACGGUGGCGGGGGCAGGGGCAGGGGCGAGGGGGCAGACUUCGUCGUCGUCGUCGUCGUCAUCGUCGUCGUCGUCGUCGUCGGUGCUGGUUGCAAGGCAGAUUACAGAUCUGGCUAUCGGGAUUGAGGGGUUCUUCGGGGAGACGGCCGUCGCCGUGGGCUCGCUGCGCAGGUUCCUGGCCGCGAAGAGGAUUGUCGUGGACGUGGGCGUGUUUCUCGGGCCCGAUCCCGCGACGGGCGAGGUCCAGACCAUGGUGACCACGCCGGCUCGCGAUCAGGACUUUGCCGUCUGGGAUGUCACGACGGCCCUGCCGGCGUUGGUCGACCUGCUGCCAGAGAGUGUCGAGGAGUUCGAGUUUGCCCUCAGCUGGGGCGCCCGCAGGGAUCCCCCGAUCUCGUGGCCGGAUCUAUGGAGGGGGUUCAAGGAGCGGAGGGCGGAGAAGCUGCCGAAUCUCAAGACGGUCAGGAUAGUGGAGUUGAUCGGCCGCGGACACCAUGAAACUGAAGAGUUGGCAAGACUGGCAAGCGACGGGGUGGACAAGACCCGCAAGGUCGCGGAGGAAGUGGGCGCGGAAUAUCUGUAUGGUUUCAAUCAGGGACCGGCCUGGAGGAUUGAAUUUGACGAGAGAGUGUGGACACGGUUGGAUUGAGCCAGAGGGUGUGAGCUGAUACCCGUCGGCCCAACCAGGGGAAGAUUUGUGAUGAUUAAUUGUUCGCAGAGUCCUUGCCAUGGUCCCCGUGCGAUCGGAAGCAAUGUCGAGAACAGGAAGGCUGGCAGUCAAUAGUCCUUGCUCCAUGUCACGCGUCCAUCCCAAAAUGAAGCCUG